AUGUACAGAGGAGUCCGGCGCCUGCUGCAAUCAGGCGGUUUCGGAUUGAUUGAUUGCCUGGAUGGCCUUGCAAAGCGAUGGCAGACGGAAGGCCAUCACUUCUGGGCGGAGAAGGCUUUCCGUGGAACUUUGUUUGUGAGGAAGGCGCUUCUUCCUUCCGAGCACCCGGAGGUUUCCAGAAGCCUCCAGAACCUGGCAGCAGCGUUGCAGAGACGCGGAAGUUUGGCGCAGGCAGAGGACUUGUAUCGGCAAGUGGUGGCUGCGCGGCGUGGCAGGUUGGGUGCGGAGCACCCCCUGACCCUCUCCAGCUUGGACAACCUUGGCACGGUUUUGCAGGGCCAGGGCAAAGGCGAAGAAGCUGUGAGCAUACAUCGGGAAGCCAUGAAAGGCUUGAAGAAGGUUCUGGGAGCAGGCCAUCUGGUCACCCUCGCUUGCAUGAGCAAUUUGGCCAUGGCUCUCCAAAGUCAAGAUGA